AUGGCGACGGCGGCUCCCGCCCCGCCCCCGUGGAGUCCGGGGCGCCCCCUCUCUGCGGGGGCGGGGCCGGGGCGGGGCCUCGAGAGCCGCAGUGACCCGGGGGUUCCUGAGGCACACCUGAUCGCUGGGGGAGGAUACCGCCCUCCCCGUAAGGAGUCUUCCCGGUGCUCGCCCAGGCUCAGCUCUGCUCACACCAGUCGCUCCUCCAUCUACAUUGCUGUCCCCAGCACCUUCUGUCUCGGCCUCCAGGGAUGGUGCAGAGGGUGCUGGGCUCUUGUCACAGGCCUGUACUCUGUAUCCCCAGCACCCAGUGUGAGAAGAGCAGAGAGUCUGGUAUUGGGAGCAGAGACUACAUCGUCCUUAGACCAGCGUGAAUUCUUUGAUUACCCAGACUCAGACCAAGUCCAGCUUCUGGCUGUGGCCCAGUUCAUUGGAGAGAGACCUGUCCUCUUUGUGGACUCAAGUUCCAGGGUCUUCAACCACAUCCUGGUGGGUGUGCUGGUGGCAGCCUUUCUCUUCAUCUUUUUCCAGUUCUGCACACACCUGAGCUGCCAGAAAGGAGCCUAAGAAGCCAGACCAACCCACCUCCUCUCCUGCCAACGGGUGAAGGUCUGGUUUUUCUCCCCCAGCCAACAAUGCUCCCUGUCCCAAAUAAUUGGAUGGAGAGAGAGAGGGCCUUGGCGUUCGGGCAGAUCGUCUUUAUUAGCGGUCUGUAAAGCACCUCCCAGGGUCCCCGACCCCAGAUUGGAGGAAGCUUGGAGAGGUCUGUAGCACCAGGGACAUGCCAGGGCCCGAGGGCGAGAUGUGCAGCCUGCUGGGGCCGGAGCUGGGCGCCCCUCGCUGGCCCGGGAUGUUCAGCGCUGGUAAACUGGGUGGGGGUCGCAGCCGCCUGCCUCCCUCCCUCCCCCACCCCACCCCCAACAAACUAGUUUGAAUUUGGGCGAAUAAAUAAAAUAAAUACGA